AUGAAGUUGAUUUCGCGACACAUUGAGCGCGAUGGCUCGGGCAGGGUCACCAUCGUGCCAGAGGAAGAGUGAGUGGGGGAGGGGAGGGGGGGUGAUGGGUGUGUGUAUGCGUUGAGACGGCGCAAGCUGCUGACAGUGCACACUGCGCAUGCGCAUGCCAGCGAGGACAUGUAUCAUCUGUACAACCUCGUCGAAGUGGGCGACAAUGUGCGGGCUGCAGCGGUGCGGAGGGUGCAAUCGGAGAGCAAUACGGGAUCCAUCGAGAGUCAUCGGAUCAGGACGACGCUGACGUUGAGGGUGGAGAAGCUGCAAUUCGAUGCGUCUGGCAGCAGCGCAGCCGUCGUAGAUCCUGGAGCAGUGGCGGGCGGUGCGGGUGCGGGUGCGAGUGCGGGCGGUAGCGGGGCAAAUUCAGGAACAGCCACUCCGUCAGGCGAUGCUGCGCCAGGAUUAUCGGCGCUCGGUGGCUCGUCUGGUCAGGGUGCGACGCUUAGCGUGAGCGGAAGAGUGGCGGAGGAGAACAGGCACGUCAAGAUGGGCGCUUUUCAUACGCUCGACAUUGAAUGUGGCAGGUCGGUAGGCAUAGACAAGCAAAGUUGGGAUAGCGUGCAUCUCGAACGGCUACAAGAGGCGGGCGAUGCCAACAAUCGAGCGGAAGUGGGUGCAGUGGUGAUGGGUGAAGGUGAGUGGGCAGGGUGGGCGUGGCUGGCGUGGGGGGGCAGAGAGAGGUUGGCCCGCUCUUACGGCUCUCACUGUCACUGCUUCCUCUCUUGCCAGGCACGGCAGUGGUGUGCUUGCUCACCUCUUCGAUGACGCUGGUCAGGCAGCGCAUCGAUGUGGCGCUACCCAGAAAGCACAAAUCGCUCGCAGCUUCAGCGCACGAAAAGGCCUUGCUAAAGUUCCAUCAGCAGGUCUACACUGCCGUGACGAGGCUGCUGGGCUUGCCGGCCAUACGCCUCAUCAUCCUCGCAAGUCCCGGCUUCACAAAGGAUACCGUGUACGACUAUCUGUUUGCCGAGGCGACGAGGAGGGGCGACAAGCUGUUGACGGGCAACGAGGUCAAACGAAAGUUUUUGAGGGUGGCCUGUGCCAGUCCUCAUAUUCACAGCUUGAUGGAGGUGCUCAGAACGCCAGAGGUGAGCAAAAGCGCGCGCGCGCGCAACCGUCUCGAGUGUCUUGCUUGGCGCGUGCUCACGGCGUGCUGGGCGCGCGACAGGUCUCUUCGCAACUGUCAGACACCAAAUUCGCCCGCGAAGGUCAAUUGCUGGACAAGUUUCAACGGACAUUGGCGUCGGAUGAGCUUCGAGCGUGGUACGGGGAAGAGCACGUCAUGCUGGCAGCUUCAAGAGGCGCCAUUGGCUCGUUGCUGAUCUCUGAUGGACUCUUUAGAUCUCCCGAUCCAGCGCGGCGCAAAACGUUUGUGCAGCUAGUGGAGGAUGUCAGAUCGGCUGGCGGCGAGGCAGUCAUCUUGUCCGGUCUGCACGAGAGCGGCAAGACGCUGAAUGGGCUGACGGGCAUCGCUGCCAUCUUGCGCUUCCCUUUGGACAUUGAAGUGGUCGAGGAGGAAGAGGAAAGGGAAGCGCAUGCCCGUGCGCGAGCAGAGACCGAAGAGAGGUGA